AUGGUAGGUAAGGCAUUAUCUCAUGAUUUUGGAGCUUUGGCAGAUGAUGGUAUGGUUAAUAAGGGAAUUCAAGUCCACACAAUGGUAAUAAAGAAUGGUUUUGAGUCUACCGUGUUUGUGUGCAAUUCUUUAAUUAAUAUGUAUUCAAAGUCAGGGAUGGUUAGAGAUGCUAGAGUUGCGUUUGAUAGUAUGGAGAAGAGGGAUGAGGUUUCGUGGAACAGUAUGGUUGCAGGCUAUGUUACAAAUGGACUUGAUUUGGAAGCUUUUGAAAUGUUUUAUCAAAUGCGACUUGCAGGUGUAAUGCUUACACAGAUGAUAUUUGCUACCAUGAUUAAACUAUGUGCUAACCUUAAAGAAUUAGGUUUUGCUAGACAGCUUCAUUGUCAGGUUUUGAAAAAUGGGUAUUGCUUUGAUCAAAAUAUUAGAACGGCACUUAUGGUAGCUUACAGUAAGUGCAGUGUUAUGGAUGGUGCAUUUCAACUGUUUUCUAUGAUGCAUGGGGUUCAGAAUGUUGUGUCAUGGACGGCCAUGAUCAGUGGGUACUUACAGAAUGGUGGAACAAGGCAGGCAGUGAAUUUAUUUUGCCAAAUGAACAGGGAAGGUGUUAGACCCAACCAUUUCACUUAUUCUACCAGCCUUACGGCUGAUCAUCCUGCCAUUUCUACUUUCCAACUACAUGCACAAGUCAUUAAAACUAAUUAUGAGAAAUCAUCUUCAGUAGGAACUGCACUUUUAGAUGCUUAUGUUAAGAUGGGCUGCAUUGAUGAAGCUGCAAAAGUAUUUGAAUUGAUUGACGAGAAGGACAUUGUGGCAUGGUCAGCAAUGGUAGCUGGGUAUGCUCAAAGAGAAGACACAGAGGGAGCUGUUAAAAUUUAUCUCUGGUUGGCAAAAGAGGGUGUCAAACCAAAUGAGUUUACCUUCUGUAGUAUCGUUUAUGCCAUAUUUUUUUACGCCAUAUGUUUUUACACGUUUAUGAGGAGUGGGCCAAGAGCCAUUUUUUAA